GGGAGCUCUGCCCCAUCCCUCUCCCCUCCUGCAGCACAGAGGGACCCCAGCGCUGAGCCCAGCACGAUGGGGAAGCAGAACAGCAAACUGCGUCCCGAGAUGCUGCAGGACCUGCGGGAGAACACGGAGUUCUCGGAGCUGGAGCUGCAGGGCUGGUACAAGGGGUUCCUGAAGGACUGUCCCUCCGGGAUGCUCAACGUGGAGGAGUUCAAGAAGAUCUACGCCAACUUCUUCCCCUAUGGAGACGCCUCCAAGUUUGCCGAACACGUGUUCCGCACCUUCGACACCAACGGCGACGGCACCAUCGACUUCAGGGAGUUCAUCAUUGCCCUGAGCGUCACAUCCCGAGGGAAGCUGGAGCAGAAGCUCAUGUGGGCAUUCAGCAUGUACGACCUGGACGGCAACGGCUACAUCAGCCGGGAGGAGAUGCUGGAGAUCGUGCAGGCCAUCUACAAAAUGGUCUCGUCAGUGAUGACCAUGCCCGAGGAUGAAUCCACUCCGGAGAAAAGAACAGAGAAAAUCUUCCGCCAGAUGGAUACCAACAAUGAUGGAAAGCUUUCCCUGGAGGAGUUCAUCAAAGGUGCCAAGAGUGACCCGUCCAUCGUGCGCCUGCUGCAGUGCGACCCCAGCGGCACCGCGCAGUUCUGAGCCCCAUGGAGCCCCACAGCACCCCCCAACCUGCAGCCGGUCACUGCCACGGGCCCCUGUGGUCCCCCCAUUGCCAUGCCCCAUAGGGAGAGAGCUGGAGCCCGGCAAGGGGGGACCCAGGGGCAUGGUCCCCAUGGCCAAGCAGCUCCCACACUGGUCUAGCUUGGGGAAGGAUGGAGCAGGGUCUGCCCUGGGGAAGGAUGGAGCAGGGUCUGCCCUGGCCAAGGAUGGUCCCCCCAGCACCGGGGACAUGAACCCAGAUUCAUGGUGAAGCCACCGCUGCAUCCCUGGCACAAACACACAGGGAUGUGGGGACCCCCAGCACCCCCAAUGCAUGCAGACAUGGCCAUGGGGCUGAGCCAGCCCCUUCCCCACAGCCAGCACACGGGCAGGGGCC